AUGUCGACGCAAGGUGCAGAGAAUCGUGUCUAUAUCAAAAAUGGCCAAAUUGUGAAUCACGACAAGACAUUCAAAGCUGAUGUUUACAUAGAGGAUGCCAUUAUCAAAUUCGUAGGACCCGCUGCGGAUAUAACGGUGCCAGGUGGCGUGCGCACAAUCGAUGCCAGCGGCAAGCUAAUUAUUCCAGGUGGCAUAGAUCCGCAUACUCACAUGCAGCUACCAUGUGGCGAUGCGGUGACAGUGGAUGAUUUUUAUCACGGAACCAAAGCAGCUGUGGCUGGUGGCACUACAAUGAUAAUUGACUUUGUGUUGCCAAACAAAAACGAAUCCUUAAUUGAGGCCUAUGACAAAUGGCGCAGCUGGGCAGAUCCCAAGGUCUGCUGUGACUACGCACUUCAUAUGGGUAUUACUUGGUGGUCGAAAUCGGUGUCUGACGAGAUGGGCAUACUUUGCAAAGAGCUGGGCAUCAAUUCAUUCAAAUCCUAUAUGGCCUAUAAGGGACUCUAUCAGCUGGUUGACUCGGAAUUAUUGGAUGUCUUUGAGCGCGUACGAAGCUUGAAUGCUGUAGCUAUGGUUCAUGCUGAGAAUGGCGAUAUUAUUGCCAAGAAUGCCGAGCGACUGCUAGCUAAAGGUAUCACUGGACCCGAGGGUCACGAGUUGUCGCGACAGGAGGAGGUGGAGGCUGAGGCCGUGCAUCGUGCUUGCAUUUUGGCUCAUCAGGUCGAUUGUCCACUGUAUGUGGUGCACGUUAUGAGCAAAUCGGCGGGCAUUGAGGUAGCACGCGCUCGUGAGCGUUAUCGUGGGAAGUACAUCUACGGUGAGACCUUGGCGGCGGCUCUCGGUACAGAUGGCACCCACUAUCGCUGCCAGCACUUUGGUCAUGCGGCUGCUCAUGUGCUGAGCCCGCCCCUGCGACCCGACAAGACCACGCCCGAGUUUAUGAUAAAGCUACUAGCCAGCAAUGAUCUGCAGACGACGGGCAGCGACAAUUGCACGUUUAACAAGGAGCAAAAGGAGCUGGGCCUGGGCGACUUUACCAAAAUACCGAAUGGCAUCAAUGGCGUUGAGGAUCGCAUGUCCAUAGUCUGGGAACGUGGCGUACAUUCGGGACUGAUGGAUCCGUGCAGAUUCGUUGCCAUAACCAGCACAAAUGCCGCAAAAAUAUUCAAUAUCUAUCCUAAAAAGGGACGAAUUGCCAAUGGCUCAGAUGCUGAUAUUGUUAUUUGGGAUCCGCAAGCAACUCGCACCAUAUCCAAGGAUACCCAUCAUCAUGCGUGCGAUUUCAAUAUCUUUGAGGGCCAGACUGUGCAUGGAGUGCCUGAGUAUGUGUUGGUGCGCGGACGCAUUUGCGUGGAGAAUGGAGAGCUUCGAGUUACUAAAGGAUUUGGACGUUUCAUACCCACGCCGUUGCGACCGCCUUUUGUUUACGACAGUAUUGAUGGCAAGCAGGAGCAAGGGGAGGGGGAGGGACAGGAUAAUUUAGCUGCAGCGAUUUAA